CAAAGCUGCUAUAUGGUACCAUUUAUUAGGACCAAUACCUGGUCACAACAAAACUAUAAAUUUACCAAUAGAUCUCUUUUUUUUGUUGCAUUUUGUUUACCUGUUUCCUAUGAUCAUGACUGAAAACAGAUUCAUUGUGAAGAAAAGGAGUCCAAUUCUGUAUCUGAUUUUUAUCUCAGGAUUCUUCGCAGUGGGAUCUUCAGACUUUCACCUUGUUGAUAUUUCAAACACCUAUAAAGAGGCGAAGAGCUAUUGCAGAGAGAUAUACACAGAUUUAGCAACAGUUCGGAGCACAGCAGAUAUGAAUAAUCUGAUCAAUUUAGUUUCAACAAAUACCACUGCCAGAGCCUGGAUAGGACUGGAGAUUGGAGAUGUGUGGAUGUGGCACUGGUCUUGGCCUGAUGAAAAACUGGAUUUUUUAAACUGGAAGGCAGGAGAACCGCGAAAAAAGAAUCAAGAUGCUUGUGCAGCAAUGGAUCGACACGGCGAGUGGUUUGAGAGUGACUGUGGAAUCAAAAGAGGUUUUGUUUGUCAUGGAAAUGGUGAAACAAGUGGACACAUUUUUGUUGAUGACACCAAAUCAUGGAGGGACGCUCAGAAUCACUGCAGGGGCUUAUCGUCUGAUCUGGUUAGCAUACACUCAGCAGAAGAGAAUGAGGCAGUACAUAAUGUGUCUGUGUCACAAAAUGUGUGGAUUGGCCUCUUCAAAGAUCCCUGGAAGUGGUCAGAUGGGAGCAACUCAUCAUUCCGUUUCUGGAAACCCCAUCAGCCUAACUACCUUGAAGAUCAGAAAUGUGUUGCAGCUGUAUUCAAAGAUAAAGGGCAGUGGAAUGACCUGAAAUGUGGUGGCAAAUGCAAAUUUGUUUGUCAUGGGGAAAGGAAAUCAACUUCAACAACCCAGGCGACCUUUACAACAGAUCAACUGCCAACAAACAUGACAGCUAUUCUGAAUACGUCAUCUCAAGGGAUCAUAGCAACAUUUAAUUUCACUGUGGCUGCUUCCAAACAGCCAAACACUACUAAUGUUACCACUGAAGUGGAAACAACUGCCACUGAACUAACAACACCAAAUACCACAGGUGUUGUAUACAGUACCUCAGUCACUGAGCUCAACAAUGCCACUGCAGAGAUGUCAACUGUGACAGCUACACAGCUACCUCCAGCAACUACUGUGCAAGUAACCACAGAUGGUAUUUCUGCAUUAACAACACUGGUGGAGACUUCAGCCCAGAACACAACGCAGCUUUCAACUCCAAUGUCCACUGAAAACACCCAAAGUUUGCCUCCGGGAAAUCUGAUACUGGUCCAGCAAAACAUGACAUGGAUUGAAGCUAUGAGUUACUGCAGGGAGCACCAUAUUGACCUUAUCCAUAUUUCCUCUAAAGACAUUCAAGAGAAGGUGGCUGAAAAGACAAAGAACGCCACUUCAACCCAUGUUUGGCUCGGCCUGCGCUACACCUGUAACUUCAAUUUUUGGUUCUGGACUAGUUCGACGACCGGCUGUUACCAGAACUGGGCUCCCGGACAAGGAUCUGAAGGGAAAUAUGACUGUGGUGUUACAGGUGCCAUUGAGGCCACUGGGAGGCAGCAGUGGGUAGGCUUGCCUGAGACAGAAAAACUGAAUUUCAUCUGCUAUGCAUGUGCUGGAUGAGUAUUAAGGGCCAGUGACACUUAAGAUGACAAAGAUACUGCAGUUUUAAUUAUGCUGUGUGAAGAAAUAACACAUUUGUUCUGGCUGUACAACUAUUUUUGCAGUUGAUGAUUUAACUUUCAGAACCAUGUGUCUGACAAUUGUAACAUUAAGCCAGUGGACCUUGACAAAAUGGUUAUUUUAAUGUUCUCGUAUGACGUCAUACUUCUACCUUUGUUGAAAUACAGCUGCCUUCUCUAUUGUUGAGAUUGAAUUUCAUUAAAUAUGAGAACCUCAUGUGGUGUGUAGGCGUGCACAUUCACAGUCAUGGGCAGCACGAGUAAUGUGAGAACACUGAUCUUCUCUAUGCUUUUCACUUGGGGGUUACUAUUUGCAUGUUGACCCCCUGGGUUGGGCCCCAAGAUUGUCUUUUUUAGACCACCAGAGUAUGGCCCAGAUCCAGACUGCCUGCUGCCCUCACUGACCUGACCUUCACUAGUAGCCACAUGGAAGGCAGAGCUCAGACACUCACCUUCCUGUCUGCACCCUUGAGGUACACAGACCAUCUGUAACCAUGGGUGAAUGAUACAUUUUUCAGUGAUUAAAAUUGUACUUCAUCAGUUUCAAAUAAAUGCAUCUGUGAAUACACAGUUUGUUAGCUGUUAGCUAGUUUUGGACCUUCAUUUUUUCACUUCUAACAACACAGUACAAAAGUCCUUCCUUUUUUGAAAUAAUGACUGCAGAUACAUGUUUGAAGGAGCGUUUAUUGUCAGUUGGUACAUGUUAAAGUUUAUGUUCUUUGAGGUGGAAAAACAAGGAACUGUGUGAAGAGCAACAACACUGGAAAUACGCUGUGCUUAAUAGUGUAAGUCAUUAUAACUGCUGUCAGGUAAAACUUUUGAUACUGGAUGCACACUGGAGUCCUUAAAGUUUAAACUGAAAAUAAAAUUGUAUGUGUCUAAAUCCCAACAUAUACUGAUAUUCCUGUUUGGAAAGAAGAGACUGUAAUAUUUUUUCACCACUUUCAUUAUUAUCCAGAUGUGAGCAUGCUACUUGUGAUAGUUUAAUCAGUAUAUGAU